AGCCUUACGUUGUUGUGCGUCAACUCCCCAGUCCCCCCACCAUCACUGUCCCACAGAGGAAGAAAGGGGGAGACGGACAACCUAUACAAAACGCUUUCACACAAAUAUGAGCGGCAGCGGGCGGCCCAGGACCAGCUCAUUCGCUGAGCCUCCCGGAGCUCCCGGAGCCGCUGCAGCCGGUGCCGGAUCAGCAGUCGCCGGCGGAAGCUCGGCAGGAAAAACUGGGGCUUCACAGGCCAGUGGAAGCAGCUCGACGAGCUUCGGAAAUUUGAAACUAUCAAGAGACAGCGGCAAAGUGACGACAGUGGUAGCCACGCCUGGCCAGGGCCCCGACCGCCCACAGGAAGUGUCCUACACAGACAUCAAGGUGAUAGGCAAUGGCUCCUUUGGAGUGGUGUACCAGGCCCGCCUCAUUGACAGCCAGGAGAUGGUGGCGAUCAAGAAGGUUCUACAGGACAAGAGGUUUAAGAACCGAGAAUUACAGAUUAUGAGGAAACUGGACCACUGCAACAUUGUGAGACUACGCUACUUCUUCUACUCCAGUGGAGAGAAGAAAGAUGAGGUCUACCUGAACCUGGUACUGGACUUUGUCCCUGAAACGGUGUACAGGGUGGCUCGGCACUUCAACAAGGCCAAGACUACAAUCCCCAUCAUCUAUGUUAAGGUGUACAUGUACCAGCUGUUCCGCAGUCUGGCUUAUAUCCAUUCCCAAGGCGUGUGUCACAGAGACAUCAAACCCCAGAACCUGCUGGUGGACCCCGAGACGGCCAUCCUCAAACUAUGUGACUUUGGCAGUGCAAAGCAGCUAGUUCGUGGGGAGCCCAAUGUGUCCUAUAUCUGCUCACGAUACUACCGCGCUCCCGAGCUCAUCUUCGGCGCCACUGACUACACGUCCAAUAUUGACAUCUGGUCAGCCGGCUGCGUGCUGGCUGAACUGCUGCUGGGCCAACCCAUCUUCCCCGGAGACAGUGGGGUGGACCAGCUAGUAGAGAUCAUCAAGGUUCUGGGGACUCCAACGAGAGAGCAGAUCCGAGAGAUGAACCCUAACUACACAGAGUUCAAAUUCCCACAGAUCAAAGCACACCCUUGGACAAAGGUGUUUAAGCCUCGCACCCCACCUGAGGCGAUCUCACUCUGCUCUCGUCUGUUGGAAUACACACCGGUGACCAGGCUGUCUCCCCUGGAGGCCUGCGCCCAUGCCUUCUUUGAUGAGCUGCGCCAGCCCAACACCCGCCUCCCCAGCGGACGAGACUUGCCGCUCCUCUUCAACUUCAGCCCUGUUGAGCUGUCUAUCCAGCCCCAGUUGAACUCCACACUCAUUCCUCCUCACGCUCGCGCACAGACGUCGCCUGCCUCACAUGAGGGCAGCGUCUCAGACAGUACCGCCCAGCCCAGCUCAGCACCCGGAUCCAUCAACAACAGCACCUGAGCAUCCAUCCCCCUGUUGUCCUUUCUUGUCUUCCCCCUUUCCAUUUCUCUUCUCUGCUCUUCUUCCUCUCAACCUCCCUCCUGGCUCCAAACUCCUUACAAACAAACAAAAAAAAACAAACAAACAAAAAAAAAACAUACACGCCCACACCAAACUCUCAGCAUUGCUUAUUUCCCCUGGAUGUGAACUGUUUCCAGUAUAAAGCGGAUUCUGUGGCUUUUGGCUUCAGGAGAGCGUAGGUGUUUUUAAGGACACUCAAAGUAGCCGUGUUUGAGUUUAACGUAAGCUGCAGUUGUGAGCCCAGGGCAGCUCUCAUCUAGCCUGAGAGGAUGGAGACCAUUGCACGGGUGAGACUGGGUGUUUUGGAUAUGAGGAGGCAGGCUGUACAUGUUUUGUGGAUCUAACGAUAGAUUUUUUUGUAUUAUCUAUGACAGUUGACUUUUAUCCCCUUUUUUUAUUCUAUUUAUUUGCAUUAGCUAAUUUUAUGUGUGGCGGUGUUGAAUGGGGUCCAGAUGGGCCGUGGAGUUGAUAAUGAGGGUCACAUUUCAGGCCUGACGGAUAUUGACAAUCAUGCUCAGUAGAGUUAAAAUGGAACGGCUGUAUUGUCAGCACGUACAACCCGCUUUGUAGAGGGACUUUGAAGGACGCCAAUGGCUUUUCCGCUGCUCCCUACACUGAACUCUACUUGCGUGUUGUCAGUUCACCCAGUCAAAUGGUGAACAAAAGAGAAGAGAUUUUUAUUUGUUUUAUCCCAGUUUGAUACCAAACGAAAGAAAAACACUGAUUCGGUCGAUGUUGCCCAUGUCAUUUUAGGUAAUAAGUGAUUUUUAAAUGUUGUCAUUACAAAAGGUUACCUAACCCUAAAUGAGGGAGCCACGUUCUGUUGUGAAAUGCAGCCUGUUUCUACUCAGAUGUCAGAGCCUUAACUGUUUUAUUUGAGGGAGUUUUAUGAGAGUAGAGUGCAUGUUUCUUUUCUUCAGUAUAAGCUCAUGUCUUCAUUGGUUUAGCUGGAAAGCCAGUGUUUUCGUGUUGUUCUGAUAUGAGUAUUGCACAUCUCCAAAGGGAGUAGAGGGGAACCAAAGGGGCUAGCUGGAGAGAGGGAGCUGUUGGUGUGGGACUCUAGUUGCAUCUGUUAAAGCGGCCAUUAUACAGAAGCCUCAGUGUCUCCAAUGGCAUGUAUACAGUUGCCCAGCACAUAGCCUGUUGGGUGCAAAGUCACCUCAUCAACUAUAUGUCACUUUUAUAAUGUUCCGUUUCAUUUCAAUGUGAUUUUGUUACGGGAUGACUCGUCAGGUGCUGGCACUGAUGUUACUUUGGGUACAGAGACUACUGGCUGCUUUCAUUGCUCACCUGACUCUGUUGUCAUUUCCAUUUAAGCCAGUAUACACAGUAAUUGUUUGUGCAGGGGAACAUAUACGUGUGUUGACUUUGAAUGGAUUUUCUUUGUUAGUGAGAGCGAUUGGUCCGAACCCCUUUACCCCGUUCCUAACCAAGCUGCUCGUGGCGCUCAUAUCAGGUUCUUCUUGUCCUGUUAUAGUGGCAGGCACUGAUCUUGAAUGAUUUGGCAGCCUCACAGUCUACCGCUGACAGGGACUAGUUUUCUUCCUUACACCACACACAUGUGCAUGUUCACCCUGAGCUGACCACAGUGGAUGACUUCCACUGAUGUCAGCUAUGGUCUGACCAGAAAUGAUGCUCAGAAUCCCAAAACCCAACCUUUUUUGGAGCCUUCCCUUCCAUUCCUUCUCCCUCUCAUCCCUCUGCCUUCUCUCUCCCUCUUCCCUUCUUUUUUUCUCACAGCUAAAUUGUAAAUAUCAAGUACCUUUUAUUUUAUUUUAUUUUGUUAUUUUUAUUAUUGUUAUUAUAUUGUUGUUCUUGUAAUCUUUUUUUUUUUUUCUCUCUCUCUCUCUCUCUAGUAGACAGGAUCCGGCGCAGCAGCGGCCGGGCUGUUUAUCCUCAGUCUCAGUCUGUAAAUACGAUUUCAUUUCAGUCCCUGGUUCAGGAGGGGAAAAACAGAACAAAAUGUUUCAUUUUUAUUCUCUCUCCCUCCAUUUCUCUCUUCUUGCCUUUCCCUUGUCCCCUAUAAAUGUUGUCAUGACUCUUUUAUUUAUUGUACUGUGUUUUUUGGGUGGGGUGGGGAGGGGGGUCUGUUUUCUCCACGAGGGGGGUUAAAAAAAAAUAAGGGGUUUGUGCUUUUUUCCCCCCUUUUUUUUUCUUUUUUUUUUAAAUCUUUUUGUUUGUUUUUGUUUUGUUUAGUCCAACAAUGUCACAUGAUGUAACAUCCAAUAUACUGUACUUUGAUCCAGACAUUGGAGUGCGCUUUCCAAUCAGUGGUCUUGUAUGUAUGCAGGUACACAUGCUAGCCAAUAGGUGGAACUACAGUUUUCUGUUCAACUUCAAUGUGAAGGGAAUGUUACAUGCCUCUGGGUCUACAGGGUUGUGGAAUUGGGUGUGAACGCAGAUCAGCCUAUGUGUGUGUGGCCUGGUGAUAUUGCUGUGUCUGGGUGUGUGUGGAGGAAAGGGGGAAAAAUGUAUCUGUCCGAUGAUAUGUAACAUCUCCUGUGUCCAACCGUCUCCUGUUUUGCUUACUGUGUGUAGUAUGAGUGUAACGGGGCUAACCUGUUAUUUCAGUGUGUAUGCUUCACAAAUAAAGCAUGAGUGAGCGAACGUGUGUGUGUGUGUGUGUGUGUAUGUGUGUGUGUGUGUGUACUGGCAAACCAUGGACAUAAUUCUCUGUACUCAUGAUUUUUCCUAAAAUGAAGAGCUGACUAAAUGUGUUCUUUUAUGCUUUUUUUCCCCCUUUUCAGUCACUCGUUGGUUUUAAUUUGUUGUGACCCCUGCUCUUUUAUCACCCUUGUCUGAGGGUAAAAUGUCAUUGUUUGCAACAGAACGGUUGUAUAAAGGAGAUGAUGGAGAGAGGGAUGGAGGGAGAGAGACUGUUUUUGUUGGUAUAAAUAAUUAAACUCAUUAAUAAAGUGAUGAAACUGUA